GUUUGACAGUUUGCAAUCCAAUCAUGAAUGCAGUGGUGGUUUUAUUUGAUGUUACGUGUUUUUACAGAAUAAUGUUAUAUUGAUUUGAUUAUAACGCCAGUUAUCUUGUGAUUAAAAAUGGCUACAUUAAUUCAGUCGUAUGAGCAACAAUACUCCAUACUUACAGCAGACAUUACGGCUAAAAUAGGUCGUCUCAAGUCUGGAACCGAAGACAACCGUGACCAGCUGACUCGUGAAAUUCAGGCAAAUUUUGAAGAAGCAAAUGAUUUGUUGGAACAGCUAGAGCUGGAAUCUCGUGGGGCAGGAGCUGGGUCCCGUGUCGCAGCCUACCGAGCUGAGCUGCAGCGUGUCAGAGAUGAAUAUCGCUCAGUACUUAAUACUGGUGCCUACAAUUAUGAGAAUGACGAGGUGUUUGAUGACUGGAGUGGAGCGAAUGAGCAGCACCGCAAGUUGUUGGACAAUACGGAGCGACUGGAGCGCACCGGUAAGACCCUGACGGAGGGCUACCGUGUCGUGCUGGAGACCGAGCAGAUUGGAGCCGCUGUGCUGCAAGAUCUUAGUGUUCAGAGGGAGACUAUACAGAGGUCGAGGGGCAGGCUCCGUGAGACAGAUGAGCAGCUGAACAGAUCCUCUCGUCUCAUGAACACGAUGGUGAUGCGAGCUCUUCAAGACCGAUUCAUCCUGAUCAUGGUGUUCCUCGUAUUAGGAGUACUCCUGUGUGUAGGAGUCUACUUCUACGUCACGUAGCUGCCGGGGAGCGCUGGCUGCGCUCUCCAAGCUGUUACUGGCUACUUGAUCGCGGAUAGAUACGGUUUGGUUAGUGGUAAACAAGGAUUUAUGUAUUGGUGUAAUCUUUGAGGCGCACUGUGGUGUGUAGUGGAGUGUGUUCAAAUUCAACUUAAGUAUGAUCAUUUAACUAUUCAUAAAUCACUUAAAAUGAAGUAAAUGAAAGUCAAUAUCGUUUUCUAAUUAGAAAUAUAAACAGUUCACAGUGUACCUCAGAUAUUGCGCAUCAUUGUUAAACUUGCUUUAUGAAGACCAUAAAAUAUUAAAUACAAGGUUAGAUCCCAGAGAGAAAUUAUGUAUUUAUCCACAGACUACUUAUUUAUAAUGCUAAGUACUUAUUUAUAAGAUCAUUGUUGUUGAGUCUCAUGUAAAAAUAUUAUCGAGUUAUUAUAUUACACAGAGCUAUUCAUUUUCAAUAUAUCUACAGAUUUUACCUAACUCUAGCAAUAAAAAUAUCGUAUUUAUACCCACUGCAAAUUAUUAUUAUUAGUAUAAAGAUCUUGCUAUAAGCUUUGAGCUUAAAACAUAAACAAACACAAACGAAAAAUGUUUCAUCUAUUUGUAUAAAAAUGAUAUUAAAUCAAUAUGUAAAAACAUUUAUAUUACCUCUGAAUCAUAUCAUUCGUUAUGCUAAAGCAUCAUUCAUAAUGUUCAAAUCGAUUUGUAAAUAAAAAAAUGUAUCCUUAUUUACCUAUAUGCAUUUACUCAAAGUAUUUAACUAUUGCUUGAUUUUAUCUGCCCUUGAUGUAUUAAAAUGUAGUAGUCACCUGCACUGCAAUCUUAGUAGCGUCAUCAAUAUCCUUAGUAUGAGUUUGUUUUAAGUUUAAAGUAAUGGAAAUGAGAACGCGUUCGGCGCUCUGAUUGGUUGGUUUAUUCAAGCUGGCCAAUCAGAGCUCCGAACGCGCUCAGAAGCACGUUUUGAGCAAGUACUGCUAUGUUUGAAUUGGGCUAUACUUUUGUAAAACUAUGUAUAUUAAUUUCUAUAUUGCUUAUCUUCUGUAGGUUAAGUUUAGUAUUAAGUAAUUGAGGUUGUUUUAGCACUAAAUACAUUCCCCUAUAUAAAAA